AUAUUUCGAGCCCGAAGCAGGGGGCGGCGCUCUCCAAGAAAACCUGGGCCCGGCUUGACUUGGUCCUCAAUCGUAGUACGGCGAAGAGUCGAGAGGCAGUGUCCAUCCGAGGUGGAAGGAGCAGCUAACCAUCCUCUAGUGUUUGCCCGUGUGAAGGCCUAACAUCGCCGCAGACAUGCCGUUCAAGGCCCCAGAGAACCCCAAAUGCCCCAAGUGCGGAAAGUCCGUGUACCACGCCGAGGCUCGAGUGGUUGGCGAUAUUUCCUUCCAUAAGGAAUGUUACAAAUGCAGUAUGUGCAACAAGAUGUUGGACUCCACCAACUCCAACUGUCACGAGAACAUCCUGUACUGCAAGACCUGCCACGGACGGAAGUUUGGGCCCAAGGGAUACGGCUUCGGAGGCGGCGCUGCUGGCCUCAGCAUGGACACUGGCGCACACCUCGAGAAGAGGAACGAACUGGCGCCAUACAAGCCCCCUAAGGCCAAGGCCGGCGAAGGAUGCCCUCGCUGCGGAGGCAAGGUCUUCGCUGCCGAGGAGAUGCUGGCGAAGGGCAAGAGUUACCACAGGACCUGCUUCAACUGCAAGAACUGCCGCAAGCCUCUCGACUCCGUGGUUCAUUGCGAUGGUCCCGACAAAGAGGUCUACUGUAAAGUCUGCUACGGCAAGAAGUUCGGGCCCAAAGGUUAUGGGUUCGGACACGGAGGCGGUACCUUGCAGUGUGACCCAGACGCCUCCCCCAUCGUGCGUCCCCAUGGCAACCCCGACGCCAUUAUUCCUGCACACGAGGGAGAGACCCCCUGUCCUCGCUGCGGCGGCCGAGUGUUCAUGGCGGAGCUCAUGAUGGCCAAGGGAAGGCCAUUCCACAAGAAGUGCUUCAAGUGCCGCCAGUGCAAGCGCCCCCUGGACUCCAUGGUGCACUGCGACGCCCCCGACGGCGAGAUCUACUGCAAGCUGUGCUACGCCAAGAAGUACGGCCCCAAGGGCUACGGCUUCGCUGCCGGCGGUGGCGGUGUGCUCACUGCUGAGAACAUUCCCGGCGGUGAAAGCAUGCCCGGCGUGAACCCUGGGUCCGCGGCGCUGGACGUGAGCAAGAUCCGGGCCGAGGACGGCAAGGGCUGCCCUCGCUGCGGCGGCAAGGUCUUCAUGGCUGAGGAGAUCAACGCCCGCGGAAGACCUUUCCACAAGCGCUGCUACAACUGCUGUCUGUGCCACCGCCCUCUGGACUCCAUGACGGGCUGCGACGCCCCCGACGGCGAGGUGUACUGCAAGCUGUGCUACGCCAAGAAGUACGGCCCCAAGGGCUACGGCUUCGCUGCCGGCGGCGGCGGCGUCCUGGUCGCUGAGAACAUCGCCGGCGGCGAGGACGACUCCAAGAAGAAGCGCGCCGACCUGGGCCGCAUCGACACCUCCAAGAUCAAGGCCGAGGAGGGCAAGGGCUGCCCGCGCUGCGGCGGCAAGGUCUUCAUGGCCGAGGAGAUCCACGUCCGCAACCGCAGCUUCCACAAGCGCUGCUACAACUGCCUCCACUGCCACCGCCCGCUCGACUCCGUGGUGGGCUGCGACGCCCCCGACGGCGAGAUCUACUGCAAGCUCUGCUACGCCAAGAAGUACGGCCCCAAGGGCUACGGCUUCGCCGCUGGCAGCGGUGGCGUCCUGGUCGCCGAGAACAUCCCUGGCGGCGGCUCGCAGAUGCCCGGCGUCAACCCUGCGUCGGCAGCCAUCGACACCACCUCCAUCCCCGCGGCUCCCGGCGAAGGAUGCCCUCGCUGCGGCGGCAAGGUCUUCACGGCCGAGGAGAGGCUCUCCCGCGGCAAGAAGUGGCACAAGCGCUGCUACAACUGCCUGGACUGCACCCGCCCCCUGGAUGCCAUGGUGUUCUGCGACGGCCCCGACGGCGAGAUCUACUGCAAGCUGUGCUACGCUAAGAGGUUCGGCCCCAAGGGCUACGGCUUCGCUGCUGGAGCUGGUGGCGUCCUUGUGCCGGAGAACAUUGCCGGCGAAGACGAGAUCUUCGACCCCGAGGCCCCGCCCAUCUCCAAGGCCCCCGCCUUUACGGUGCUGGACGUGACCAAGAUCCCGGCCAGGGAAGGCCAGGCUCGCUGCCCCCGCUGCGGAGGCGCCGUGUUCCAGGCUGAAUCCAUGCCCUGCAGGGGCAAGGAAUGGCACAAGCGCUGCUACAACUGCUGCGAGUGCCAUCGCCCUCUGGACUCCAUGCUGUCUUGCGACGCCCCCGACGGCGAGAUCUACUGCAAGCUGUGCUACGCCAAGCGCCACGGACCUAAGGGCUACGGAUACGGCCAUGUCCCUGCCCUUGUCUCCAUCGGCAGUGAAGAUGGCGUGCCCAUCCCGACCGACAUCAGGCAGUUCGGUUUCGGGGCCAAGGGGCCCAAGAACUGGGUGCCCCCGAUCCCUAACGUGAACAACCCCAACCAGCCCCACGGCCCACCCCGUCCUCCGCUCCUCCCUCGGGCACAGGUACAGCAUUCACUGAUCGAGCCGCCUAAGCCUAUGCCUAUCAGCGCUGGCAUGCCCAUUCCUCGUGGCUUUGAAUCGGUCGGACAGCAAGGAAGUCAGCAGGUGACCACCCAGCACGUGACCAUUCAGGGCGGCAGUCAGCAGGAAACGAGCACAAAGGUCAUUACCCAGCAGACCUCCAGCAGCAGCAGCGUUCAGGAGUUCAGGACCGUGACCCGGGUGGAGCGCGUGGAGGAGAGCAGGAGCCGGAGCGCCAGCAGCAGCAGCUCCUCCACCGUGACCCGCAAGGUGGUACACGGAGGCGUGGCUCAGGGCGAAGCAGUGCCCAUCGUCGCCGGAAUCCACAUCGAGGAGGGCGAGGCCGUGCCCAUCGUCGCCGGCGUGGUGCCCCAAGCCUGAGUUUGAAGACCUGCACGACCCUGGGGAGGAGGCCAUGCACGAGGCCGCCUAUGAGGAUGACUACCUGCCCUCUGAGGACGCCGCUCUAUCUCCAGGUGAUGUAACAGAAGGCGUGGCCGACAUGUAAAGAGGAAGAUCAAGACGAGAACAUCAUCCAUUGUUGUGAAGCUCUACGAACCAGUCGGAGGCUUUUCGACGAAGCAUUUCACCACUCUAAAAGGAUUCGAAUCUUCAUUAGAUGAUCUAAAUCUCUUCUGGGAGAUUUAGAUAUCAUUCUUUCAUGACAUUUAGUCUGCGAAAGAAUUCUUAAAGUCUGUAGCUCCUUUGCUCAAAGAUUGGAUUUCUGUAAACAUGUAUUUUGAUUUUUAAAUUUGCUUUUAUUGGUGUGAAUAACGCAACUUUGAUGUUUUAUUUCAAAGUUAUUGUGAUGUAAUAAAAAUCAUGAUAUCAAUACUUAGAUUAAGCCCUAUAGACAAGUAUGAAUAUGCUUCCCAAGGAAAUGUUAUCAUUGGAACAACCUCGACAAGAUCGGUAAUAACCUUUUCCAGCAAGCACAGAUCCAUCGUCAAAAAUCACCAUGAAAACAAUCACACUAUAAACACCAAGGAUUCCCUCUCAACGGAUAGACACAACAUUCAUGUGAGUGGACCUAUUCCGACCCUGUCACUGAGGGUGGACACUGUACCUCGUGUCUAGGCAGUGCACGCGCGCGCGCCACGGCCUCGUCAGCAGCAACUCACCCGAAGAACGACCGCGACCGGGCACGGAGACCAAAAAGCUGGAGCCACAUGAACAGCUGCAGCCAACUCGCUGCUGAUUCGUCUUCGCAAGCAGUACUUGACAGUGACCUCUAGAGGCACGGAGGGAUAUCGUAAUGUCGAACGAACGAGCGAACCGCCGGGCCAACCCUGCUCCUGCGGCUGACGUAGGAUCGAAGUGCUGGUUCACGGGUAACCUGCGACCCACUCGGCUCAGGCGCUGGCGUUCGACCCACCGGUUGUUGCCAUGUUUAGGAAUUCCGUAGUUGUAUGACCUCGUCACGAGUGUCUUCUCGUCCUUCGCCGGACAGCCUUUGUCGACGACUCUGCCGGUUCGAAGGUUUUUGUUUCUUGUUUACGCCGAAGCAACUCGCAGCCGAAACAUGGCGCAAAACAGAGGAAGGUUGGGAGAUCCGUUGUAGGAUUAGGUUAAAGUGACGAUCCUCCCGGUAUCCGGAGAAAUAACUUUCGCCUAACAACGUUGUGAAAUCAUCGUACAGUAAUUCAUGCAGGGUACGAUGAAGAUAAUGAUCGUGUUUUGUUUUAUUUUAUCACCAAUACAGUUGCUUGUAGACAGGUGUUCUGCUAUCAUUAAAAAAUCAGUUAAUGAAGCAAGCAAGCGUAUACAUUCAUUACGGCACUAAGAUUUUUUUUAUUAAUUUUUGAAAUAAAUUAGCUGGAAUAGUAAUAACGAAAUAAAAUUAUAAUUUAAGAUACUUUAUUUUAUCUUGGUGAAUCACCGAUAUUUUUUCCAUUAUAAUUAGUAUAAACGAUAUUUAUCAUCAUAUCCAACGCAUUCAUACAGAUGUAUGGAGUGAGAAUUUCAACAGAAAUAUGAUAAUGGCAUAUUGUAGUAGAUUAGACUUUUUUUCGGGGGGGGGGGAGGGGUUGAUAAGGAAUGUCUGCGUGUCGCCCGCUGUCUGCGCGGGACGGAACUCUGAUGUUUGUAUCUUAGUUUAGUCCGCGAGAAUCUGCUCCCCUUCGGAAACGAGGGGACAAGCGCUGAGAAGGGCAGCAGAUUCUUCUCCGAAUCGUUAAUCGUGUUCGAUCCUUCUAUAUAUACACAUACAUAUGCAUAAAUAUAUAUUAACAUUGUAUACAGUCACUGUUUGCCUUGUACAAGAACCUCACUCUUGUUCGAUUUUCCUUUUCGACUCUUUUUAUGUACUGACGAUGGGUCUUGUAUGAAGCAUCUAUUUUUGAUUACCCGAAGAAGUCCAAAUCUCCAGCGGACCCGCCCGCAGUCUCAUGAUACCUCAUGGCUCGUGAUCGCCUCAUGAUCCUCUCAUUCUUUGUGACAAUUCACUGCCAUAUCCUGCCUUGUCGUCUGCGUAAGCUGUACUUCCUACCAUGAAGUAGCCAGAAAGCGAGCGAGAGAGCGAGAGAAAGAGAGUAAGAGAGAAAGAAAGAGAGAAACAGAGAAGUAAUAAUAAUAAUAAUAAUAAUAAUAAACGGAAACGCACGGCCUCUCUUGCGGGCGCUUCCUCACACAGCGACCCGCCCGCGUGGCUGUGGGGAGGGGGGCGCCCGCAUCUCAGAUCCUCAGCCCUCAUCAGACAUGCCCUGGGUAUGUCUCAUGCAGCGCUGCCGCUUCGGAGGUCUGGACGCUUUAGGUGUUCAGUUUGAUGGUUAUUUUGAAUUAUUUUGAUAAUCAUUUUUGCCAUUAUUAUUCAUGUACGGUUAUAGAUUUUAUCAAGGUCAACUGGUUAUUUCAGAUUUAAACUUUGAUCCACUUAGUCCAUUGUUACGUCGUGUUUUUGUGUUAGAUUAGAUUUGUUGCAAAUUCAAAUCUGUUAGCAACGAAACAAGCUUUAUAUGAAGUAUCUCACACUGUGCAUUUGUUUUAAUUAAAUAUUAAAUGUUUUC